AUGUAUUCUCUAGGCGUCGAAGGGGACGAAACUCUGCCGGUCCAGCAGGCGUUUGUCUCUUCGGCCAGCAUGGAGGGCUACAACAGAGCCCCUACAGGGCAGAACAGUACGGGACCGCAAGGAAGUGGUUCUUUUGACUUCGGAGAGCAGCUGACGAAGCAGCUGACCCGAUCCAUCAAUGAAAACCUGCGUCCCCCGGCUAACUUUGACGAGACUCCGCGAGGCGAGAAUCACAGCCCGUUCAUUUAUUUUUUCACAUCCGCUCUACUCCGAACCGGAUCGUGUCUUCAGGCGGCUUGCCUGCUUCUCAUGUGCCUCUUCUACGUCGGCUUCGGCGGAGGCGGGCUGUUUGUUUUCGAUGAGUUCGCUGGACCUGAAUCCGUGCGUAUGUCCGACGCCUUCCACCUUAUCACGGCGAUACUGAUGAUCGGGUACCUCAUAGGCACAUUCGCCAUUGCACUCUUCCAACUGUUCGUCGCGGAUUCCAGCAAGUGGACUCGCGGUUUCCGAUCGGGUUCGAAGACGAUUUCUUGUGCGGUGACGUUGGAUGUCGUCUCGGGAUGCCUCCGGGUGACGCAGUACAUCCACGCGUAUUUCUUCUCCAGUGUUCAGUGGUGGGCCAAGUACCAGAGAACCCAGUCCGACUGGGGCCUCUACCAUUUCUCCAGCACCUUGCAUGCCUUUGCCCUCGUCACGUACGGUGUUGGCUUUUUUCUGAUGGAAAGCUACCAUGACCAAGGCACCUACGAGGAAUAUGCGUGGAGCAUGCUGGGUCUUUACACAACUGCAGGUCUGGCAGAGCUUUUCAUGGUGUACACCGGAUACGGGGCAUUUUUCACUCUUCUCUUGGUGGCCGCCCUCAUGGUUACAGUGAGCUGGGCUUUCCAGUUUGAACCACUACUGGAAAAAUGGUCCCCCGAUCUUCACUCCCGCAACUUGAAUGAGAACAUGCUUCCUUUCGACAAGGUCGGAAAUAAAUCGGAAACAUCGGGCCCCUACACCCACCAGGCUACUAUGGGAACCGCUGCAUAUGGAAGCGGACGAUGCCUGACCGGGGAGUUUCGCGUUGAAGAAAUGCCCAGCAUGCAGCGGAGCGCUAGCGUCUUAGGCAGGCAGCAGACGGGAGGCAUUAGCGAGUCCGCUGCUGUGGGCGUACCUCUCUCUACUUUUUCUACCUCUAUGCCAGGGGCCAAUGAUAUGCCCACAACCUAUGACUACUCAACUCUGCAGCAGCAAAUUGCCACCAGUGGGCUUGAACCGGGACUUGUGCGCAGCUUAUGAUCGCAGCAGUUCCAGUGUAUAAACUUGCAGUGAUAUAUGAAGCAUAUCUUUCUUUUACACAGCGGCUGAUGCGGAGGAACGUAACGAGGAUUCGAAUGCUCAAGGACAAGGGUCUCACAUAUACCGUGGUUAAGGGACUUUGUUGUUUUAUUGUGAAUUUUUGUAGGGCUCAGCUAUAUCGUGGUUAAGGGAUUUCGUUGUUUUUUUAUGGUUUUCUGUGGGGGGUGGGGGUGGGGGUCGUAGCCACAGCAGCAAAUAUUUGACGCUCAGUUUCGCUCAAUCUAGCAAACAUCCUGACGCGGAAAGACUGACCUGAACGAAACCGGGGCGCUCGCACACUGUUUGUGCGGCUGCUGCAGAUGUGCAAUAAGCGAUGGUCGUCUGUGAUUUGUGUCUGAUGGAUGUCGACAAAGUGCAAACUUCCAGAGCCCUUUCGAAAGUAUAAUGUGUCUCUCAAUUCA